AUGAAAUUUAGAGCUUGGAAUUUUGUAAUGAUUUAAACUCCGGAUCAUGUGAUCUAGAUACCAAUAGCAAGCAUUUGGCCUGCUUGCAAAAUAUCUGUGCAAAUUUAUUCCAGAGAGAAUCAGUAAAAAAUAGUUGAGAGCAGGGAAAUCAUCACAACAGGCUUGCUUAAUUGUGGGAAUUAUGAUACCUAAUCCUUAAAUUGGCAAGAUUACUUGUUCGCUAAAGAAGGAGAUUUUUCUAUAGAAGUAAUUCGUUUAAAAGAUGGGAAUUUGAAAUUUGCUAUUGAUGCUUAGUCUAUUAAUUUCUCAGCCGAAUUUAUUGUUCAUGAUCAAGGUAUAGAAAGCCAAGUGUUUUUUAUGCCACUUUCAGAUGAUAUGCUUCAUUAUUUUACCACAAAAAAGACAUAUGGAAUCUUAACUGAUGGUUCAUAUAAAUAUUAAGACAAAGAGUACUAAUGUAACAGUAGCAAUAAGGAUUGCUUAACAUUAUAUGAUAAUGCCAGAGGUCAUUUACUUUAUGAUACCAAGUGGAUCUGGGCUAUAAUGAAUGCCUAUCUCCCAGAGUAUGAUAUGAUUGUUGCAUUCAACUUUUAAGAUGGCAUUGGUUCUAGUUUCAAUCCUGAUGAUGGUAAUAAGUUCAUGGAGGAUUUUGUGUUAAUUAAUGGGAAGCAUUACAAGAUAGAUUAAGUCUAGAUUGAGUAUGAAGAAAGUAAUAUUAUGCAGCCAUAGACAUUUAGUACAAUUAAGGAUUUGAAUUUGAAAAUAUUUAAAAAUAGAGAGUGCCAAGUAAAAUUUACUCCUCUUGGAGUUGCAGAGGAUGGAAUACAUCUAAUAGUUUAUGGAAUCACUCAAAAUUUAGUUUAUGGACUUUAUUCAGGGUCUUGUAAUAUCGAUGGAUGGAUUAUUUAAUUUAAAGAUUAACUCGGUGUUGUAGAGCAUCUUAAUGCCAGAUGGUGA